CGCAUGCGCAUAGGAAGGUCCGCCUUCACCCCGGAACUGUUGUUUCGGGCUUGGCGGCGCACCGGGUCCCCCCGGAGUGUGCUCAGCCGGAAGUGGCCGCUGAGGGCCUGGGGCCGGGAUCGGCGUGUAGAGCCUCCCGCGGCGGCUAACUAGUAGAGAAUCAGGAUGGAGGCCGUGGCCCCCGCGGCGGAGGCCAGGGAACCCGAUGAAGGCUGCACGCAGCCCAGUACUGGACACUGGGGGGAGCUGAGCUGGACACCGGUCCCACCCAGACCCCAGGACAAGGUGGAGGCCGCGGAAGGAGCGCCAAGGGCCCCAGAUGAUGACGCCCUGGGGGCUGAGAACACAGCAGUGAGUGCCAUGCUGCGCGCCGUGGCCGCCAGCCGCCUGCCUGUGUGCAGCCAGCAGCAGGGCGAGCCUGACCUCACCGAGCGGGAGAAGGUGGCCAUCCUGGGCCAGCUGUACCAUGAGAAGCCGCUGGUGUUCCUGGAGCGCUUCCGCACGGGCCUCCGCGAGGAGCACCUGGCCUGCUUUGGCCACUUGCGCGGCGACCAUCGUGCAGACUUCUACUGUGCUGAGGUGGCCCGGCAGGGCAGUGCCCGACCCCGCACCCUGCGCACCCGCCUGCGUAACCGGCGCUACGCUGCCCUGCGUGAGCUCAUCCAAGGCGGCGAGUACUUCAGCGACGAGCAGAUGCGGUUCCGGGCCCCGCUGCUGUACGAGCAGUACAUCGGGCAGUACCUAACCCAGGAGGAGCUCAGUGCCCGCGCCCCGGCCCACCAGCUGCCCAAGCCCGGCGCCCUCGGCACCCCCGCCUGCCCGCUCUCUGAUCUGCUGCUCCAGUCCUACCAGGAGCGGGAGCUGCAGCAGCGGCUGCUCCAGCAGCAGGAGGAGGAGGAGGCCUGCCUGGAGGAGGAGGAAGAGGAGGAGGACAGCGAUGAGGAAGACCAGAGCCCCAGCAAAGACUCGGAGGCCUGGGUCCCCGACUCAGAAGAGAGGCUGAUCCUGCGGGAAGAGUUCACCAGUCGGAUGCACCAGCGCUUCCUGGACGGCAAGGACGGGGACUUUGACUACAGCACCGUGGACGACAACCCCGACUUUGACAACCUGGACAUUGUGGCGCGGGAUGAGGAGGAGAGGUACUUCGACGAGGAGGAGCCCGAGGACGCGCCCAGCCCAGAGCUGGAUGGGGACUGAUGGCCGCAGCCGCCCGCCCCGCCCAUGACUCCAUCUAGGGGACAGCCUCGCUGGCUCUGGUGCCAUCCCUGCCCCCUCUUUGUGCGGGGUUCCCUACCUUCCCCCCCACCCCCCCACUCCACCUCUGUCUCUCGUGGUCUCUCUGGCUCACUCGCUUUUUCUCCCUGCCUUUGUGUCUCUUGCUUUCUGCGUCCCCCUUCCUCUUGCAGCACCUCAUUGUCUUUUCUCUCUGCCUUUCUCUCUGUCCCCUUCCCUGCGCCCAGGCCUCUGUCCCCACGAUAGGGCCCAGGCUGAAGGUCGUCCCCUUGACCGAGGCCCUUCGUAGCCGGAGCCGGCCGGGACGAUAUCAGUGUCCUGUGUAGGGUCCGGGUGAACCCCGGGCUUCGCCCCCGGCCUCUGCCUGUUUCCCACCUCUGUGCCGAUGCGGCUCGUGCCUCCCUGCCUCUGUUUCAGUCCCAUCUCCCUCAGCCUCGCUCUGGGCCUCUGGCUCUUCCCGCUGUACGCUCCCAUCUCUCGGCCCCCACGCUACCUCUGGCCCUCCGUCUGCCUCUCA